UCAACUUGACCAUGAAUCAAACAAAGAAGAAAAAUUCCUCAGGGAAAGAGACUAAACCCCAGACUUCAUUUGUCAACAAAUUAUUCAAGGGCUCGAAACUCAGGUCCUCCAAAGCUGAAAGCAGAAGAGAGAGCAAUGACCUUGAGACAAGUGAUUGUCAACCCAGCAAUGGGACACAGGAGACAACCACCCCAGACCCUGCUAAAUCUCAGCCUCUCAGCUCAGAAAUGGAAGAGGAAUCCAGGGAAGAGAAAAAUGAGCAGCUCCUGCAGAAUCUGCACAAAAAGGCUGUCAACAAGUGUCUGAACCUGAGUAACUGUGGAUUAAGAACAGCAGACAUGAAGGAACUGGUUGCCUCACUUCCUUUUAUCCCAGACUUGGAAGAACUGGAUAUUUCCUGGAACGAUUUCAUAGGCGGAACCCUCCACUCAAUCACCCAGCAAAUGCAUCUUGUCAGCAAGUUAAAAAUCCUGAGGCUGAGUAGUUGCAGACUCACCACUGAUGAUGUUGGAGCCUUGGGAGAAGCACUUAAAGUGAUACCUGAACUUGAAGAGCUAAAUUUGUCCUGGAACAGCAAAGUGGGAGGAAACCUACCUCUGAUCCUCCAGGCGCUCCGAGAAGGGAGCAAGAUACAAACCCUGGAACUUGUGGAUUGUGCUCUCACAUCAGAAGAUGCGAUGUUUAUGGGUCAGUUGCUACCUAUGCUGCAAAAUCUUGAAGUACUUGAUCUUUCCAUUAAUAGAAACAUCAGUGGCAGUCUAAACAGUAUUGCUCAGGGAUUAAAAAAUACCUCAAAUCUGAAAGUAUUGAAAUUACAGUCAUGCGGAUUAUCACAAGACAGUGUCAAAAUAUUGGAUGCUGCUUUUAGAUACUUGUGCCACCUAAGGAGAUUAGACCUUUCCUGCAACAAGGAUCUGGGUGGAGGUUUUGAAGACUCACCAGCUCAGUUGGCCACGUUGAGGCAUCUGCAAGUCCUGGAUCUCCACCAGUGCUCACUGACAGUAGGCGACGUGUUGUCCCUGACCCAAGUCAUUCCUUUGCUCUCGAAUCUUCAAGAACUGGAUUUAUCAGCCAACAAAAAGAUGGGCAUUUCUUCUGAAAACCUAUUCAGCAGGCUCCGAUUUUUACCAGCGCUGAAGGCUUUACUAAUCAACAACUGUGCUUUGGAAAUUGAAACUUUUACAGCUCUCGCUGAAGCCUCCGUUUACCUCCCUGGUCUAGAAAUAUUCAGUCUUUCUUGGAAUAAGUGUAUUGGUGGCAACCUGAAGCUUCUUCUGGGAACACUAAAGCUUCUGGCGUCUCUUCAAGUGCUGAGGCUGAGCAGCUGUUCCCUGGUGACAGAGGACCUGGCCCUGUUGGCAUCAAUAAUACAGACAGGUCAUCUGGCCAAAUUGCAGAAGCUCGACUUGAGCUAUAAUGAUAGCAUCUGUGGCACAGGAUGGACCAUCUUCUGUCAGAAUGUGCAGUUCCUCAAAGAGUUAACUGAGCUGGAUAUCAGCCUUCGGCCAUCAAAUUUUCGGGAUUGUGGACAAUGGUUUGGACACUUGUUAAGUGCCGUGACCAAACUUCCCGAAAUCACGGAGAUAGAGAUGAAAAGAUGGGUUCUCUCGGCUUCACAGGAAGAAGAAGUGGAAUGCUUCCACCAGGAUGAUAAAAGAAGCAUUCAUUUUGACCAUGGUGGAUUUCAGUAA